AUGAGUGCGCGACGCAGUCGGUUGUUAUCGUGCCUCGCUGUAAUCACAUGGUGCGCGACGUUGCAUCUCCGUGCGCUGCCAGCCUCGGCGGCGAUCGUCGUCGUAACUCCCAAGAACGCCUCUUACGUCAUCAAUGACGUCGACGCCAACUUUGGUACGCCCCUCCGUUUCAUCUCAGCCGUUGAGUUCGUCGCAUUCACCAUUCGCGCUCUUAUCCGGCGCGCACUCACCACUUGCGCACGCACCCUCCGCGCCCUCACCCGCCGCGCACUCACCGCAUCAAACGCAGCACGCCUUGCACCUCACCGGGAUUGCGCCUCACAAUCCGCGCGCUUCACCCGCUUCUCCCCGCUGCGCGGUAUCAUCCCCUCGAGCGGCAUUCGCGGCGUUUUGCGCCGAGCGGAGCCGCUCGACGCGUGUCAGCCGCUCGCGUCCCGCGCAAAGCGCGCCGAGCGGGCCUUCGCGCUGAUCACACGUGGCAACUGCCUAUUCGACACCAAAGUUCUGAACGCGCAAGUGGCGGGGUACGCGGCCGCGAUAGUGUUCAAUAACGAGGACAACGACGAGCUUAUAUCGACCCACGUCCGCGCGCAACGUGCGGCGCGUGGUGAUUGCGCUGUCCGCACCUCUCACGCGGAAGUGCCGGCGGACUUGCGGUCCUUGUCCGUGCGGAACGUGUGGGACGUGGUAGUCCCCGCGGUCUACAUCUCCCACGUGGAUGGCCACUUGCUGCUCUCACUCCUCUCGCUCCUCUUACUCACCCACCCUUCUCUCCCCAUAUUCCCCGCCCCCCGUUCUCCCCCCCGGCCUGCGCAGUGUCCGCGCGCAAACGUGUGGGACGUGGCGAUCCCCGCCGUCUACAUCUCCCACGCGGACGGCCAUUUGCUGCUCUCGCUCCUCGCCGCGCAACCCGCCUCGCUCCUCAUCCUCCUCCCCACCCUCUCCGGCUCGCUCCUCCCGCUGCUCGCUGCGGCGCUCCUCGCGCUGCUCACGCUCUCCGUCUUCCUCUCCGCGUUUCUGAUUAUCGUGCGCCAGCAGCGGAUACGGCGCGCGCUUGAGGAGGCGCGGAGGGGGGGCGCGUGGGGGGUCGCGGGGGCGGAAGCGGAAGCCGCCGGGGGGAUGGGGGAGGAGGGGCUGGUGGUGAUGCGCGCGCUGCUGCUUCCGCCGCCGCCCGAGAAGCGCAUCGGUUUAUCAGCUGCGGAGCUGAAAGCGCUUCCGGAAAUAACGUUCUCGCCUUCUAUGGAAGAUCUCGCGGAAGCUUGUAAAGGGGAUAAUGGAGUGGAGGAAGGGGAGGAUGGGGAUGAGUCGCUGGGAGAUGUGGAGGAGCAGGGAAGAAGUGAGCAGGGAGAGGAGGGAAAGGAGGAGGGAAAGGAGGCGGGGAAGGCGGCGGGGAGAAGGAGGAGGAGGGGGUGGAGCAGGGCGCUAGAGACAUGCGCCAUCUGCCUGGACGAUUACCAAUCGGGCGACCGCCUGAGAGUGCUGCCCUGCGGGCAUGAGUUCCAUGCGGAGUGUGUGGACGAGUGGUUGACCACCAAGCAGCCCCUCUGCCCCAUCUGCAAGGGUGACGCACACGCACCCUCCACAUCCCCUCCUCCCAUGUGCACCAUCAGCAGCAACACCAGCAGCAGCGGUAGCAGCACUGCUGGCACCAACAUUGCCGCAGGUACCUCUGUUCCCACACCUCCUUCGCCGAGCCAACUCCACUCCUCAUCCUCCUCCCCACCCUCCUCCUCCUCAUCCUCCUCCCCCUCUUCCUCAAGAUCAGUGACCUCCUCUCCCUCCUCUCAUCCCUCCUCCCCUCACCCACAAUACCACCCAUCCCCUUCGUCAUUGCUUCUCACCUCUUUGCUUCCCAACCUACCUUGGAUAAGGCACCCUGCCAGCUCCCGAGCCUCCUUGCAUGCUCUGGCCGUACCUAGCCCGUCUGCUGCCGAGCCUGGAGCUAGUGACAUCCGGCGGCCAUUCCUCCUGCCUCCUGGCCCGGCAGGUUCUCCUACCUCUCCCUCCUCUUCAGCUGCUGAAUCAGCACCCAUGCAUGCUGAGCUGUCACACCAAACGGAUUUGACGAGCAUCGGAUGA